AUGAUUCCCAUCUUCACUAGACUUUUAAUAUACAGAUGUUGGGUACGUAGUCGGGUAUCUCCUCGAAAUAUAGCUAUUGGACUAGGCCUUGGAACCGUAUCAAUAUGUAGACUUCGUACGUUGAGAUGUGAAGCCGAACAGCAUGAUCCGUGGCUUCUGGUUCCGCAGAAAAAAAUCGUUCCUGAAAAAUCGACUGCAGUUGUAAUCGUUAGUUUGCCAAUCACUCUAGUAUCGGUGACAUAUUCAACAUUGAGAAAGAUUCUGAGAUGCAUCGGACUGUUUCUUCGAUUCUCUCCACUUCUCAUCACAUAUCCGCUGACAAAAAUCGAAGCAUUCGAGAACAUUUGGUGGAAAAUACUGCUUUGGUCUGUUCAGAAUUCCGGACCAACAUUUAUCAAGUUGGGACAAUGGGCGAGCACUCGGAGGGAUAUUUUUAGCAAGAAAUUCUGUGAUAGGCUCUCCGUUUUGCACAUUCAAACGAAAAACAAACGAUUUUUCCGUGAUAAAAAUAAGAUUAUCAAUGAAGUGUUCGGAAAAGGAUUCAUGAGACAUCAUGGAGAUCGAGUGUUUCUAGAAAUUGAACCAUAUUCUAUUGGAUCUGGAUGUAUUGCUCAAGUUUAUCGAGGCGUCAUUGAUGUGGAAGAAUUUCAAAAGGCCACAGGCCGGAAGAUUCCAGAACUGAAUGGAAGAGCAACACAGAGAAUCGCUAUCAAAGUAGCCGAUAAGAAUGUAGAUCAACAAAUCGAAUUAGAUUUAUCCAUUCUUCGAAGUGGAGCAUGGAUCAUGCAACAGAUUGUUCCCUCUCUUUGGUAUUUAGAUCCACAAGGAGCAUUGGAACAGUUCGAGAUGGUUCUCAGGAGACAAGUCGAUUUGAGUAACGAGGCGAAAGCAUUGAAAAAGUUUUCUGAAAAUUUCCAUUCGAAGGAAACUGGAAUCCGAUUUCCUAUUGUUCUCGGUUACACGAAAAAAGCGAUUGUGGAGACUUUCGAAGAAGGAAUUUAUAUCAACAAGUUGGUAGCAGAAGAAGGUCAACCCGAGCUAACGGCCAGACAAUCAGUCGCAGUUCGUCGUCGAAUCGCACUAAUGGGGGCCAGAGCUCUACUCAAAAUGAUUUUCGUUGAUAACUUCGUUCAUGGAGAUUUGCAUCCUGGAAACAUCCUGAUCCGUUUCAAUGACAGUGAGAACAAUUUGAGAGGAGUUCACAAAGCACCGAAGGCAGAUGGUAUUCUGAAGAGAGGAUUUGAAUAUUUCCGUUCACUGAUCAACUGGCGAUCGGCGCCAAAAAUUCGAUUUACCGACUCGCCGGACCUUGAAGAUGAACCAACUCUCGUUCUUCUGGAUACAGGAAUCGCCAUAUCCGAGACAGAGAAAAAUCUUCAUAAUCUGAAGUCUCUCUUCCGAAGUGUAGUCGAAAAACGUGGAUACGAAGUUGGCAAACUUCUUCUGACACAAUCCCCGUUUCAACAAUGCAAAGAUCCAGAACGAUUCUGUCGACAAGUGGAGAAGCUAGUGUUGAAGGCGAGAAGUGAAAAGAGUCUGAGAACGCUGAACAUCUCUGCACUCCUCUCCGAAAUGUUCACAAUCGUCGCGGAGCAUAAAGUGGAACUCGACUCGGCGUUCACCACAGUGAUUCUCUCAGUGAUGGUUCUGGAAGGAUUCGGAAGGUCACUUGACCCGGAUCUCGAUUUGUUCCAGUGUGCUAGACCCUAUCUUCUGAACGUGUUUGUAUAG